UCUAGAUAAGAGGGGCGCUUGGGAAUUCCCCAGGACGGCAAAAACACCUUUCGCCAUAGAGAAACUGAAAAUACAAGGCUUUGUGUUCACAGGAAUAACAAGCAAAACCCUCAUUAUCAUGAUGAAAUUCGAAGAAAAGACUCGUUAAUCGCAGCUUUUUCAGCUGUCCUCGGUUAAAUCUGCAAAAUUGAGGGGACGGCUUGCACCCUUAAAAGGACAUAAACAUCGCUAGCUUGCAGCUACAAAAUAUUGCAUACUUUUGUUGUUGGUCUUUUUAAAGCUCAGUUCCACUUAAAGAUGGAGGGCAUGCAGCCACAGCCGAUAUAUACUCAAACAACGUCUGAUUCUGGAGAACAACAUGCACGGCCCGAGUUUGGCAUCGGGUUCGGAAAACAUGGAAGUUAUAAAGGAAUUAACGCAGUCUCCUCGGAAGAGUGGUGUGACAGCGGAUUGGAGUGUAUCAGUGGCGGGGCACUUGGCCUCGAUGCCCCGUUUGGCAGCGAAAACGAGUUGUCCCGAGUCUGGGAACCGACCCCCUCCACCAUCACCAGCUGUACCGCGGACACGGGAUCCGAACAUCGGCCCAUUGACUCCUGCGUCUCCCUGGGCAGUGGCGAGAGGCUGGAUUCAGCCCUUGGGGACUCGAUAACGGACGAGAUGUUGAGUAGCAUUUCCCGGGGAAUCGGAACCAUGCAAUUGGUAGAGGGAGCUGGAAGCGGUCCCGUGGACCGGAUUAGCAACUUCAAUGGAGGACAGGUGGAAACAAGCCCGGGACAGGAGCGCCAGAUGGGAGAGAUGUUCAACACCCUGAACUUUGUGUCGGAGGACGGAGACACAGCUCUCCACCUGGCUCUCAUUCACGAACACUGGGCCUUUGUUCAGUACUUACUCGGGGUGAUAUCUCUGGACCAGAGCUGGACACCUUACUUGGACAUUCAGAAUGACCUGGGGCAGACGGCGCUUCACCUGGCGGUGAUAGUGGACCAGCCGGAGUGUGUUCGGGGGCUGCUGCGUGGGGGCGCGAGCGCGGAGCUGCAGGAGCGGGGGGGCCACACCCCGCUGCACCUGGCCGUGCGCGAGGGCCGCAUGGCCUGCGUGCGCGAGCUCACCUCCAGCAGCGUCCGCCCGGACCACCUGCGCGUCACCAACUACUCAGGGGUCAGUGCGCUGCAUCUCGCCGUGCAGAAGGGUGACGAGGCCAUCGUCAGGAUGCUCCUGGACGCGGGCGCCGACGUUAACCAGAGGGACCUGAGCGCUGGCCGGUCACCCCUCCACUGGGCGGUGGAGGCCCAGAGCCCCGGGGUGGUGCGACUCCUGCUGCGGGGGGGCGCCAACGUGGACCAGCCCUCCUACGCGGGACACACGCCGCUCUACUGCGCCCUACACAGGCCCAACGCGGAAGUGCGGGAGCUGUUGCGGGAGGGCGGGGGCACAGCGCCGUGGGGCAGGGAGGAGGACGAGGAAGAGGAGGAGCGGGAGAGCGAGGAGGAGGAAUUCGACGAUUUGAUCAUCAACGGCCAUCGGGUACUGUAGCUGCGACGGUUGCCAUGGAGACACGCCAGCAGCCCGUGACCACCAUGUUAUUUCUAAACAACGCGGGAGUGUGGGGACUGAGCUGGUGUGGGAACUGUGUGUGUGUGUGCGUGAGAGAGAGAGAGCAACUGUAAAGUCAGAGGGGAAGAUGUUCAGACCCAUGUUUAAUUGGUUUUACUCUAAAAUGGAUCACACUGUCCUAAUAGUCAAGAUGAUCUUGUCCCAGGUUGCGAGCGUGUACGUGUGUGUGCCUGCCUGUGUGCAUGUGAGUGCGUGUGUAUGUGACAGACUGAGAGGGGGGGAUAUUCACAGUACUUUCCUGCUGCUGGGGCAAGCUUUGAAAUAAUCAGAGACCCCCAGAAUGCAACUGGCUGAGCACAGGCACUCUGCCAAGGACUGUACCAUUGCAGCAAGAGGUGUGGGGGAAGGGGAUGCUUCGAUGGGGCAAGAGUAUACCAAGUCCUUUUACUUCAUAGUGUUUUUACUGCCUCCUAAGAAACUCUGCCCAGUGUGACAUAGUUCAGAUCCGGCUUGAGGUUGGCAGUCUUGAAUUUCUUUCUUUAAACUAAAGAGAGGUGGAGGUUUCUGUGUUCAAAUGAGCCUGCAUGAACGAGGCUGUGGAAGAAGACCUACCCAGAGCAUUUGGAGUUCUUGUUAGCUUGGCUACCUUUUCUCUAAAUUAUUACUGUCUGUACCCUCUUCAAGGCCCCAUAUGUUGUAUGUGUUUUCUGUUGCCAAGUGGAUUGCAAAGGAUGCUAACCCCUUGGAUUUCUCGUUGUUGUUGUCCCGGGCUUUCGGUAAGUAGUCAGUUUUAAAGGUUGAGAGAGUGAAAGUGCAAAUAAAGGGAUGCAAUGGAAAGUAGAUUAGCAAGAGGUGAGCAGGGAGGAACAGGAAGUGAGAUGAAGGACAAAUGUAGAUAGGGGAGGAAGGACAAGGGAAAAGCAAAAGGCAAAGCUACUUGCGCUUAAAUCACUUAAUUGGAGUUUUUGCCGCAGUAUGAUUCCAGAGCAAUCCGGUCUACUCCCCUGCAUGUGCAUUUAUUUUUUUUUAUAUAUAUAUUAACCUUGAGAGUACAGGAGCUCCUAGGAAAGGUAGAACUGAUAGAGACCUUGUGCGAUG